AUGGAAUCCCGGUGCGGGAAGCGGGGUUCCCGGAUGUCUGCCCCCGCGCCCACCGUUCUCCUGCUGCUGCUGCUGCUGAGGCCCGCGGGCUGCUUGGGCGCAGGCGAAGCGCCGGGGGCGCUGUGCAUGGCUGCUCCCACUGACCCUGGCGCCCCCUGUGCCCCCAGUGGCACCGGUCCCUCAGGCGAACCUCGCCUCCACAGGCUGGUGUCCACCUUCCGGCCGCAGACCUUCACCAUCAGGUGGCCGGACCCUGUUUCUAAAGUCACCGUCGACUUUGUUCCCACCUGCGGCUUCUCCUACGAGCAGGACCCCACCCUCAGGGACCCAGAGGCCAUGGCUCGGCGGUGGCCAUGGAUGGUCAGUGUGCAGGCCAAUGGCACACACAUCUGCGCAGGCACCCUCAUUGCCUCCCAGUGGGUGCUGACUGUGGCCCACUGCCUGAUCCAGCGGGAUGUUGUCUAUUCAGUGCGGGCGGGGAGCCCGUGGAUUGACCAGAUGGCGCAGACUACUUCCGAUGUCCCGGUGAGCCAGGUCAUCGUGAACAGCAAGUUCCAGUCCCGUCGGUACUGGUCCUGGAUCGGCCAGGACAACGACAUUGCCCUCCUCAAGCUUGAGUGGGCACUCAAGUACAGCAAGUACAUCGGGCCCAUCUGCCUGCCUGGCUUGGACUAUGUGAUGAAGGACCAGUCCCUCUGCACCGUGACGGGCUGGGGCCGCCCCAGGGCUGAUGGUGUAUGGCCCCAGUUCCGGACCAUUCAGGAGAAGGAAGUCACUGUUGUGAACAGCACGGAGUGUGACUACGUCUAUCACAGGUUCUCCAAAAUCCCCUCUCUGGUUCGGAUCAUCAACUCCCAGAUGAUUUGUGCAGAGGACUUGGACAGGGAGCAGUUCUGCUAUGAGACAAGUGGUGAACCCUUGGCCUGCCCUGUGGAGAGCACGUGGUACCUAGUGGGGAUGGUGAGCUGGGGCCCCGGCUGCAAGAAGAGCAAGCCCCCGCCCAUCUACCUGCAGAUCUCCUCCUACCAGCACUGGAUCUGGGAACGUGUCAAUGGGCAGGCUCUGCCAGCCCCACCCAGGGCCCUGUUCCUGGUGCUGCCGCUGCCCCUCAGCCUCCUUACUGCGCUCUGA